AUGAAUAAGAGAUCUUUAGAAAAUAAUGAACUAAACGAAAUUCAAAAUAAUCAAAAUAAAAAUAAUAAUAAUAAAAUAAAUAAAGAAAUCCCUUCUGAUAAUACACCCUUAAAAAAAUUAAAAUCUAUAAAUAGUUUAGAACAAUUACAAGAAGUAGAUGAAGAUGAAGAUUUAGAUGUUGAAAUUGAUACUAAAUUAAUUAAUAAAUUGGAUAAAAAAGGAAGAAAGUAUGAAUUUGUUGGUGAAGGAUAUUCCGAUGAAGAACAAAUAAGUGAUGACUAUGAAGAUGAUGAAAGUAGUGAAUAUGAGUAUGGGUAUGAAAAUGAAGAUGAAUUAUUAGAUGAUGAAGAUCAUUUAGAUAAUAUUAAUGAAAUUAAGAAAAUUCAAAAAAAAUUAGUAAAUACAGAAACCAGCACUUCAAUAACAAACACUUCAUCAACCACAACAACAUCAACAUCAACAACAACAACAACAACAACAAAAACACAAAUAAAUGAAACAAUAUUAUUGGAUAUUUUAAAUAAUAAUAAAGAUGAAGUUGAUGAUGAAAUUCAAAGAAUUGGAAAUAAUGUUGGAAAUUCAAAAGAAGAAGAAGGAGAAGAAGAAGAAGAAAAUAUUGAAUUGGUUGCACGUAGUUUUAUAUAUAAACAUAUUCAAGAAAAGAAAUCAUUGGGGAUUGAUCCAAUUGAGUUUACCAAAGAUAUUGGAUUUAAAUUGGAAUUAGAGAAAGAUGAUGAUGCAUGGGAAAUUAUAACGGCAUUUUUAACAAGGAAAAAAGUGGCAGUAAAUUUAUUUUUAAAUUAUUUAAAGUAUAAUACAUUGGCAAGACCCUAUAGAAAAAAGAUAGCAACAUUGGAUUUAUCAACAUUUGAAAAGGUUUGUCAAUUAUUUGAAUCGAGUAAAAACAUUGUAAUUAUAACUGGUGCUGGUGUAUCAGUUUCAUGUGGUAUUCCAGAUUUUAGAUCAAAAGGUGGCGUUUACGAAACUAUUGAAAAGAAAUAUAAUUUACCAAGACCAGAAUCAUUGUUUGAUAUUCAUUACUUACGUGCAAAUCCUUUACCUUUCUUUGAAUUUGCAAAAGAGAUCUUCCCUGGUAAUCAUAAACCAUCACCAACUCAUUCCUUUAUAAAACUUUUGGAUGAAAAAGGUAAACUACUUAGAAAUUACACUCAAAACAUCGAUACAUUGGAACAUGUUGCAGGUAUUGAUAGAGAGAAAUUGGUCAAUUGUCAUGGUAGUUUCUCAACUGCAACUUGUAUCACUUGUAAAUUAACUGUCGAUGGUACCACCAUUCGUGAUACCAUCAUGAAAAUGGAAAUACCCUUGUGUCAACAAUGUAAUGAUGGUCAAUCAUUCAUGAAACCCGAUAUUGUUUUCUUUGGUGAAAAUCUACCUGACCGAUUCGAUCAAUGUGUACUCAAAGAUGUAAAAGAUAUUGAUUUACUAAUUGUUAUGGGUUCAUCAUUACAAGUCCAACCUGUGUCUUUAUUACCCGAUAUAGUUGAUAAACAAAUACCUCAAAUAUUAAUUAAUCGUGAGUUGGUUGCUCAACCUCACGAAUUUGAUUAUGUUUAUUUAGGUGAUUGCGAUCAAUUUGUUCAAGAUUUAUUAAAUAAAGUUAAAUGGUGA